AGACACUCCCUCUUCACUCACUGCAAAUGACAUAAAGAACAGAAGCAACUCACACACGUGAAACAUUUCCUCUGUGAAGACGAGAAGAAAACAAGCUGUUGGUCUUUCUUAAUCAUGAAGACGAGCAACGCGAGCGACACGAGCGUUGCUCUUGUAUCAGAUACGAUGUCAAACUGCUGUGGCCUCUUCUGCCUCGACCCCCUGACCUUUCACAGCCGCGCUGUGGGAGAAAGCGUUCGUCUGAGCCGCGACUGUCGCCGGGCGGAGAGAACCGGCGACACGUUCCGAAACGGCCUGGUGUUCAGCAACCGCGCGGUGAAGGUCCAGGAGAGGGUGUGCGUGCGGGUGGAGGCGCAGUCGACGAGGUGGGACGGCAGUCUGCGCGUGGGCUUCACCAACGUGCCGCCCUCGGCCCAGGCCCUGCCUCUGCCCUGCAUGGCCAUACCCGACCUCACGGACCGCCCCGGACACUGGGUGGCUCUCGUGCACGAAUCCUUCUGCCGGGUGGGGUCGGAGCUGACGUUCUGGGUCUCACAUGGUGGCAACGUAUAUUUGAAGAGCAACAGCGUCAGAAAACGCAAACUUCUGUGUGGAGUGGACCUCGCGCGGCCGCUGUGGGCCGUGAUAGACGUCUAUGGACAGACGCGGUCCAUCUUCCUCCAGGGCUCAGCGAAGAAAAGAGGUUUCAUCACGUACAGAUCCUGUCUUGCACCUGCACCUGCACCUGCACCUGCACCUUCACCUGCACCUGCACCUGCACUGUCUCAUGCUGACGACAUCGACAGUUUGACGUCCAGCGUCUCAAUUCUCUGCAAAACCCUCGACGAGUGCGACGCCUCCAGGCGCAGCGAGGAAAUCCCAGUCGACAAACAGUGCGUGGUGUGUUUGGACCAGGAGGCCGAAAUCACGCUGCGCUGUGGACACCGGUGUCUAUGUCAACGCUGCGCUCUCAGAAUCUACCACCAGUUUGGCACCUGUCCUCUGUGUCGCUAUGUGAUCAGCUGAGGAGGACACGUGUCUCACUGUGUCUCACUGUGUCUCACUGUGUCUCAGACAAGUCCCUGUGGUGAUGUGAAGAUAGCGAUCAUGUAAAAUAAUGUAAAUAUGUUGAUACUUUUUGUAUUUAGUUUCUUUUACACUGAGAUAAAGACAAAAGCUGUGAAGUGUAAAUAUAGAUUUCUUUCUUUCUCUGGCUCAGAUGUACAAUAUGACCUUGUUUUUUUUUACCUUAAUUCAUGAUGCAAAUCUUAAUCAUCUCUUUAUUGUAAAAUUGAUAUUUAUUAAUUAAUAUGAAUUCAUUAUGAAUAUUUUUGUA